CAACGCUGUUGAAACACCUUUUUUUUUUAUUAAUAAGCUGUUGAAAACUGGAUAAAAUAAUCACACAAACAAAACGAUGGAACCACUAAGCGACACUUCUCCGGAGGAUGAAGAUGUUUUCCAUUUUGAGACAGAACAUUUGGCUCUUCGAGGCAACCAAUGCUACGCCAACUUGUUGCGCACGAUUGCGGUGUUACAGGCGCAAAGAAUUUGUGUCCACAAGCAGAUCGGUGAGCUGGAAGCCACCCGCAACGCAUACUUGGAGAAUCCACAGCUGAUGCUGGACAAGCUGCGAAAAAAUGAGCCCCUUGUGUCGGAUAACUACAUCAGUACGGCUGUGCUGCCGGAGCUACCAAUGUUGGUCGCUAGGGAUGAAAUUAGAAAAGUCUCAAAUGAGACACCGGCGGAGGCAAAAAGGUCUCUUACGCAGCCACUCGACGAGGUCAAGGACAGAAGCAACGGACGGUCGGAGAACUUUAAUCGAUUGUGGACCAACGAAGAGCAGCAGCGGUUGGAACACUUGCUGAUCCAGUAUCCCCCCGAGGAUGUCGAGAUGCGACGGUUUGGCAAAAUAGCCAAGGCGUUAGGCAACCGCACGCCCCAGCAGGUGUUUAGCCGUGUACAGAAGUACUUCCAAAAACUGCACGACGCGGGGAUGCCAGUGCCCGGCCGCAUACCGAAGCACCGCAAAGCAGGUCUAAGCAAACACAAGGUUAACUUGCGCAGAUCCACAUUCUUUCCCGCCCACAACAUAUCUCUGCAAAUGCCAGACGACGACUGUACACUGGACGAAAUUCGCGCUUUGUCGCCCGCCACCGAUAUAACUAUAACAUCACACAUCAAACGAGAAACAAAGACCGAGACUGAUCCCGAUAUCUUGGAGGCCGGUAUAGAUGCGGAGGCCAAACGCAAACAGGACUUGCGUCUUAUGAUUCUCACCAGCAUACAGGGCGAAAAGCAACAGAAAGACGCCGAUGGCUAUCAGCCGGAUCCAAUGGCACCCAAGUGCGCUGAAUGCGAGGAGGCGACUGUGACAAGGACACCGUGGCGGUGUAACAGUUGCUAUUGUCACCUGAAUCUUUGCGGCGAUUGCCUGGCCAGUCAGAUAAUCGAGGGUCGGUUUGAGCAUCUUAGCCACGAAGUUGUCGUGGAUCAGGAGACGUAAUCAACCUUAAACAAAUUGGUAUCCUUGUGUUUUCAUAUUAUGUACAUAUAAGGUUAGAAAUUAAGUCAAAAGCAUUCGCCUAGGUUACUCAUUUAACUAAAUCGUUGACAUAUGAAAUAAGAAUAUAAUAGAAAACAUAAAGAAGUA